AUGAUUCUAAUACAAUCUUUAACUUAUUCGUUGACAAUCUUUCUCUUCGUUUUUUUUUGUUUUUGUACUCUUUCGUCUUCAAAUAUGCCAACUUCCAGUCAAUCACAAAUUCUUUCUGUUGUUGAUGGACAAUUACUUCAACAUCAGCAGCAACAAAAAGCGAGUGGACAAACUCGAACGAAUAAGUCACCCGUCCGGGCAUUGGCAAAUCAAACCGGAGUUUCGGAACUAAGACGUCGUUCGAUCAAAGAAGAUCGUCGUCCAUCAAUAAGUCAAAGAUACAACGAUGAAGAUCAUUCUCCACCUCCUCCGAAUGUAAUCAAUCGUCGACGAAGCUCCGACAAACCAACUGAUGUAAAGUUAAAAACGACUCGCAAAUCUCAGAGACAUUUGAGAUGUAUGCAUCAUGAUCAUCGGUAUCCUUGUGUUCGUAGGGGACGAGCAUCUCAACGUGCUGAUGUACUUCACAUGCCUGUUAUAUAUUUAAAUAAUGCUAGUAAGAAUGAACCACGAUCGAAUAACAAUGACAAUCGGUCGAAUCGAGCAGUAAAUUCGUACGGACGAACAAAAUCAUCGUUCAUUGACCCAGCGAGCGAACCCUAUCGAUUUCGUGGAUAUUCAUUGAAUUCGGAAAACGAUGAACAAUUGGAAUAUCUUCGUCGACUGAACCAAGCGAGACAAUAUCCAAUCUCAGGCGAAAAGACAUCUUCAGCAUCGGAUUUGGAUAAUGUUAAUGAAGAUGAAGAUGAUGAAAAUGUGAAUUAUGAGCGACGAACAAGUUUAUUGGAUGAUAAUGCUCGUCGAUUGCUUGUCUUGGGCACAAUUCGCCCAUCGAAAACGUUUUAUAAGAACCUUCCAGAUGCUGAUGCCGAACAUCUAAUGGAAUAUUUCCGUCGAAUGAAACAGACACAACAACGAAUCUCAUCGGAAGAGAUUAACGAAGAAUUAGCAACGAAAAUCGUCGAAUACAAACCGAAAAUGUUUUUCGACUCGGCUUGUGUCACUAAACAUCAAGUGAGCAGCGUGGAGAAAAUUGUGGAACAAUAUGCCGAUGAAAUCCGUGAACAAAAAGCUGAAUUCGUUAAACUUGACAAUCCCAUGCGCUUCGUUAUACGCGAUGUUGAUAGUGAUAAACCUUUAACAACAAUUCCACGUGAAUAUAACGAUUGUUUUAUAACACUUGUCACUCGAUCAGAUCCAUUACGUAAAUCAGAAUUAAUCGCUGAGCUUGUACCGCAGAACUUCUUAGAACAAGUCAAAGCGAAUUCAUUGGAUAUCAGUUACUUUCCCGGUGGUGUUAAUUACGAUGUUCCACAUGACGAUAUCGGUGAAAGCGGUCAGAUGAAACUUGAAACUUAUCAGAAAUUGAAAAAACGAUUGAACAAUCGCAAAGUUUGGUAUUUCAGUGAACCACCCGAAAAGCGACCUAAUGCUUUAUUAGCAAUCAUACCCUCGGAAUCGAUGAUUACUAUCGAUCAUCAAGUUUUAUAUGAUAACUUAUGUGAUAUAUUGAGAACUGCUCCAAACGAACAACAAAUUUUGUCGCUGGAGUAUCUUCCGUUAAGUUGUAUAUUGAAUUCACUUGAUAUAUCGAAUCAAUUCAUCAUUGAAUGUGAUACGAAUGAGACCAAACGACAAUUGAUGGAGAAACCGUUGAAGAUCGUCUCGAAUAAAUGCUCUGUUCUGAUUGAAUUGCAUUCGUAUGAUGAAGCAAUUCAAAAAGAAUAUGAGAAAUUCAUCAAAGCUGAGAAAUAUCGAGAAUUGGUUAAGAAUCAUGAAACAGCCGUAAAACGAACGUCAACGAAACAAAAUUGA